AGCAGCCAUCCAUGGUCGCGGGUGACGUCCAAGUCGCCAACACGCAGCGGGAGCAUCUGCAACAUGUGCGAGCUCGUGGGCACCCAGCAAAACCCCGCCCCCAGCCCCGAGGGGCCGCAGCAUGCGACGCUUCUCUUCCCCGGCUCCAGAUGGACUGCAAGCUGCAAGCAUGCAGCAGCCCGUCAGGUCUAUGUCGCGGGCCGGGCCGCCAUGGAGCCUGGCGGGCCGCCAGAGGUGGGGCCGCCGGGCGUGGCGAGGCCUCCGCUGCCGUGGCUCGUGCACGCGGCGGGGCCCGCGGAGCCGGGGGAGCACCCGCUGGUGCCGUUGGCGAAGGACGAGCAGGACAAGCACGGCAAGGAGUUUGCCUCCGUCGAGGUGGGCCUGGCUUUCGCGAAGGCCCUGGAGCCCGAGGCGGCGGCUCGGUCGCUGAGCGAGGCCCUGGCGCUGUUCCCGGAGUGUGCCGGGCGCUUCGUGCGGGCCGAGGUUCGCCGGGUGCGCCUCUAA